UAGAGGGGACAUGGCAUCACGUAAUGAAGAUGAGGAUUGGGAUGUGCGUUGGGGAUUCGUUUGCAGAUUGCAGGUUCGAAGUGUGUGCUCGUAGCAGCAUAUGAUUCCUCCCAGUUCGAGUCAAUUAAAUAAGUUUAACCGUAGUUAGGAGGCGCGUGUGCUGUGUAAGUCCUUUCGCCGCCUUCUCCAUUUCUCUCUCGAUCCGCGCACGGUUUCAGCUCAACUUCCACACCGCAGCAAUGCUACGCGUGAGCUCCUUGAUUACCAUUCUACCCCUGGAGGCGGCGCUGCUCUUGUGCAUUGAGGCGUUGGUGCAUGAGUACGGUGGAGAGAAAUUCGUAGCCAAAGGCAAUGCGUUCGUCGUCCACGGAGGAAGUGAAGGAAUGUACUCUUCCGCGCCUGCGCUCAACGAGUCCUCGCCUCGAGAUUCUUUUAUUCGAUUUGAAAACGUUAUAUCCCGGAGGCCGCCGGAGCUUUCUAAUUUCAGCUCAGGAUCAAUUCAUGCAGUCUUAUUUGAGGCUGAUGACAGAGGAACAGUAGGAGGCUCUACCUAUGGGUGUCAAAGAGCUGUGUUCGGUAAUGCAGAUCUUGCAAAACUUGGAGUCUGCAAGCAAGGUCAAAUCAUUCACCGCCUAUCAACUAACAAUCCAGGUUGGUCUCAAGUGUUUGGUGCCUCAGUCAACAUUGAUAUGACAGAGACUAUUCUGCAUCCAAGAUCAAUACAAAUUACAAAAACUGGUAAACUGUGUUUCAUUCACUGUGAUCCACAACUUAAAGAUAUUGUUGUUGAUGUAAAGGCUGUGUGGAAGAAUCCAACUGGUUAACUACCUGGUAGAAUGGCACCACUUAUGAAGUUAUAGGGUUUGUGUGCAUUCGUGAUGCUUGGAGUCUUCUGGUUUUCACAGUAUGCAAGAUUCUGGAGAGAAGUUCCAUUGCAGAACUCUAUUACAUUUGUGAUAACAUUGGGAAUGUUUGAGAUGGCCUUUUGGUAUUAUGAUUAUGCUGAGUUCAGAACUGGAACCAGACCAACUGGGAUCACUGUCUGGGCAGUUACUUUUGGAACUGUGAAGCGUGCUGUAUAACGAUUGAUCAUCCUGAUUGUUUCUAUGGGUUAUGGUGUAUUUAGACCUACCUUAGGUGGUCUUACAUCAAAGGUUCUUCUACUUGGAGGAACUUUCUUUGUUGCAUCCGAAGUGCUCGAACUGAUUGAAAAUGUUGGUGCCGUGAGUGAUAUCUCUGGAAAAACUAGACUGUUCUAUGUCCUUCCUGUGGCGAUCUUGGAUGCUUUCUUCAUCCUUUGGAUAUUUACCUCCCUCUCUUCAACAUUAAACAAGCUUGGGGCAAGGAGGAUGACUGCCAAAUUAGAUAUUUACAGGAAGUUCACAAGUGCGUUAGUUGUUGCAGUUAUACUGGCAGUUGGCUGGAUUUGCUAUGAGCUGUAUGCAUUUCUUCACCGGCAUUUAUGCAAUGAGCAAUGGCAGAAUGCAUGGAUCAGUCCUGCCUUCUGGCAAGUAUUGUCUUUCUUACUCUUGUGCUUCAUCUGCGCGCUUCGGGCGCCAUCAUGGAAUUCAACACGUUACAGGUAUGCUUACUCUUCUGAAGAUGCCGAUGAAGAAUUUGACAGGGAUGAGACUCUGCAACUCAUAAGACCAUCCCCUCUUGCCUCAAAGGAUGUAAGGCUUCCUGAACUCAGAUCAGCCCAGAGCGACAACGGUUUACCCAUGGUAAAUCUUAAAGAAGAGAAGACUGCAUAAAAGAAACAUGACUGUCUGUAGCUCUAAUUCACCGAAGCACGUCUGGCCAUGGCGUGGCUGAUUAUUAGAGUACUUGUGUUGUUACCAGUAUCUUGUUGAAAAUAUGCAGGUGGAAUAGGAAACGGAAAGUUAGAAAUACAAAAUCUGUUGGAUGAGUGGACUUAUCUCUCUCUCUCUUUUUUUUUUGGGUUCAUUUUUUUUCUUUUGACUCUCCUUUUUCUCUCUCCGUUUUACAUAUUCAGUGAUUCGAGUUUUAUUAUACCCAAUGUGCAGUUGCCAGAUAGGAAAAGUUGUUCGUCCAACUCAUUGUGCACAAGCGUGUCGAUGAUUUAGCAUUGUGUUGUUUAUGUAUAAUAUCAUUUACUUCUAGCCCUCGUAGAGGAUGGAGUUGUUGUUUCAGGUGAUGCUUUUACUCGUUCAUUAGUUAAUGAGCGAUAAGAAGAUGAUGAUGAUGAUGAUGAUGAAUGCUUCAUCAUUAUCAUUUUCCUUUGUACAAAAGUUGGUUAUCACGCCCUGGAAUUUGAAACAAACUAUGAAUAUGCAUUUGAUUAAUUUUCGACCCAUCAACAGGACGGGAUCCACUUGUAACAAACCGACUCAUUUUGAGCAAGGCCAGAUCUAGAUCCCCAUUCAAUAAUUAAGGAAAGAUCAUGUCACCAUCAAAUUCUGAAAAGUAAUCUACAUGGUAUCUCUGUCUGGUAGGGUAGU